CUCCUUCAUCUUCCUCCUUCCUCCACUGCCUCCUUUCUAGAGAGUAGAGAGAGUAGAGAGAGAGGAGAGAGAGAGUUAAUGGUGGUGAUGAGUUUCCGUUAGCGUCCGAUCGCUUCCGUUUCCUCUUCCUCCGCCCGCCGGAUCUCUCAAUUCCACCUCCCCCACCCCCACCCCCACCCCCCUGCGUUCCUCUCUCUCGCCAGAGGUCGGGAGGAGAAUGGGGCUGAUUUCGGGGAUUCUCAUGGGGGCCAUCUUCGGCGUCGCGAUCAUGGCGGGGUGGCGCCACAUGAUGAGGUAUCGCGGCUCCAAGCGCACGGCCAAGGCUGUCGACAUCAAAUUACUGGGGUCCCUCAAUAGAGAUGAUUUGAAGAAGAUUUGUGGUGAUAACUUUCCAGAAUGGAUAUCUUUUCCAGUUUUUGAGCAGGUGAAAUGGCUGAACAAGCAACUGAGCAAAUUGUGGCCCUUCGUUGCUGAGGCGGCUACGUUGGUGAUUAAGGAGUCUGUGGAGCCAUUGUUGGAAGAUUACAGACCUCCGGGAAUUACUUCAUUAAAAUUCAGCAAGCUUUCCCUAGGAACUGUGGCACCGAAAAUUGAAGGUAUUCGUGUUCAGAGUCUUAAGAAAGGUCAGAUCAUAAUGGACAUUGAUUUCCGAUGGGGAGGUGAUCCAAGCAUCAUUCUAGGAGUUGAAGCUGCAGUUGUUGCUUCGAUACCCAUUCAGUUGAAAGAUCUUCAAGUUUUUACUGUAGUUCGUGUCAUCUUCCAACUUGCUGAAGAGAUACCUUGCAUUUCAGCGGUUGUUGUGGCAUUGCUUUCUGAGCCCAAGCCUAGGAUUGAUUACACUCUUAAAGCAGUUGGUGGAAGCUUAACAGCCAUUCCAGGACUUUCCGACAUGAUUGAUGAUACUGUAAAUUCGAUUGUCACAGAUAUGCUUCAAUGGCCUCACAGAAUUGUUGUUCCAAUUGGGGGUAUUCCGGUAGACACGAGUGAAUUAGAACUUAAACCGCAAGGGAAGAUUAAUGUUACGGUGGUUAAAGCAAAUGAUCUGAAGAACAUGGAAAUGAUUGGAAAGUCAGAUCCAUACGUUGUUGUGUAUAUACGACCUUUGUUUAAAGUUAAAACAAAGGUUGUAGAUAACAACCUUAAUCCUGUUUGGAACCAAACGUUUGAGCUUAUUGUAGAAGACAAGGAGACUCAGUUUCUUACUGUUGAGGUUUCUGAUAAAGACAUCGGUCAAGACAAGCGGUUGGGAAUUGCCAAAUUACCUAUGAUCGAUCUGGAACCUGAUGUGGUGAAAGAAGUUGAGCUGAGGUUGCUUCCAUCGCUUGAUAUGCUGAAGAUAAAGGACAAGAAGGACAGAGGGACAGUAACUGUCAAGGUUUUAUACCACCAGUUUAAUAAGGAGGAGCAGCAAGCUGCUCUAGAAGAAGAGAAGAGGAUCUUGGAGGAGAGAAAGAAACUGAAAGCAGCAGGAGUAAUAGGAAGUACCAUGGACGCACUUGAUGGAGCCGUCGGAUUGGUGGGUUCUGGCGUCGGGUUGGUGGGUACGGGUAUAGGUGCUGGGGUUGGGCUCGUAGGGACCGGCAUUGGUGCCGGGGUUGGGGUCGUCGGAAGUGGGCUCGGUGCUGGAGCUGGGAUGGUUGGGAGCGGCCUCGGAGCUGUGGGAAGUGGCUUGAGUAAAGCUGGGAAGUUCAUGGGACGGACCAUCACGGGACAAUCUGGCAACUCCAAGAGGAGUGGCACCUCUACCCCAGCUAACAGCUCCCAAGAAAAUGGCGGUGCAAAGCCACGGUAGUGUCUAUAUACACGCUGCCUUUGUGAAUUAUCAGCAUCUGUUUUCUCUUCCGUUGAUUAGGAUCAUUCUCCUUCUCUUUUCUGCUGUUCCAUCUGCUCCUUUUGGAAUUUGGUUGCAAAGUAAUCGCUGUUGCUUAUUCUAGUUAAGCUGUAUCAUCCUGCGUCUUGUAGCUUCUGUCGUAAGUAACUUCAAGUUCAAGAAAAGCACGUGCUAGAUUUA